GAGAAGAGAACAAGAAAAAAGAAAAGCAAAGUUAAAAAAAAAAAAGAAACCCACCCCUCCACCAACAACAAAAUCAUCAUCAUCAACUUUCAAUCUUCCUGUUCCUAGUUCACUUCCCAUCCUAACCCCUCUCGUAAUUCCUCCUUCCCUUCAAAACCCAUCUACCAUUGUUAUCUUCUCAAGUUCUCACAGUUGUGUUAGAUUCAAGAUUUUGCUUACGAGGAACAACCCGUUGUCGCCAUGGGAUAAAGACGAAUCGAUUCCCAAUUCACUUAGCCAUGGGAUCGCUAAUAAAUCCGAAACCUUGGGUGCCAUACAUGAACACCAAGGACUGUUCCCAAGGCUUCUGCAGCUUAUACUGCCCCCAAUGGUGCUACAUAAUCUUCCCUCCGCCGCCACCGAUUGAAUUCCCCGGCGACAAUUCCGGCCCCAACUUCUCCCCGCUGGUCAUUGCCAUCAUCGGAAUCCUGGCCAGCGCCUUCCUUCUCGUCAGCUACUACGCCAUAAUCUCCAAGUACUGUAAAAACAUGGACUCUCCGAGAAGUAGAGAAAGCCAUGAAGCCGACGAAGAACUCGAAGAUCACGACGAUCCGUCGACCCACGAGUCAUGGCACGGUGCCAACGCCGGCUUGGACGAGGCUCUGAUCAAAUCUAUUACAGUGUGCAGGUACAAGAAGGGAGAUGGCUUUAUCGACGGCACGGAUUGUCCAGUUUGUCUCAGCGAGUUCCAGGAUUCGGAGAGCUUAAGGUUGUUGCCGAAAUGCAGCCACGCUUUCCACGUCGCCUGCAUUGAUACCUGGCUCAAAUCCCACUCCAAUUGCCCCCUCUGCCGAGCUAAUAUAGUCCCGGUUCCGCCUCCGCAGCCGUUGCCGAUGCCGUUGCCGACGCCACUGCCGCCGGAAGCAGAACCACCGGCGACUGAUGAAUCCUUACCGAACAAUAACGAGAAUUUAGUUGAAGCGCAAGAUAUAGAGAUGGGUAUUAGCGGGAAAGACGAUUUAGAUCAGGGAGACACGGUAAUUGAGAUAGGGGAAGAAGAAGGUCAAGAGAUUCGAAGAUCGGUGUCGAUGGAUGAUUUGUGUCAAGGCCGGGUUUCGAUUGCAGAUGUUUUAAGGCUGAAGCAGGACGAGGAUGGUGAGGUGGAAGGCGACGUGGGUUCGUCGAAGCGGCCGGCGGGGGAGACCAGCAAGUGCGGGCACAGAAACAGCGGCAGGGCUUUGGCGUUGCAUUGUGUGACGAGCCCUGUGGCGAUGAAGAGGUCGUUUUCCGGGGGGGCGUUUUCGUUUUCACGGCGGGGUAGAGGGAAAAGCAUAAUGAUUCCAUUGUGAAAAGGUUUUAAUUAAUUAUUAAUGUUGUGGUGGAAUUAAAACCGCCAUAUGAAAAUCGUUGGAGAGGUAUGUGAAAUACGAGUGUGAUGCGAGAAGUUGUCUUGUGCAAGAGCGACGAGGGAUUUUUCUCGGCAAUUUUCUCGCUUGUUUUCAUCGUAUGAAUGCUUCGAUUUUUAAGGAUGCUGAUUUUUAA